AUGCUACACGCUACAAUGCUACCUCCGAUGCGGAAAAGACAAAGGCGCACAGAGGGCACAGAGGGUCCGAGGUACGGUGUGGAGGUGAAGUUUCCAGAUGUGCGGCUGUACCUGGUGGAGAAGAAGAUGGGGGCCACCAGGAGGGGUUUCCUGGCCCAGCUGGCAAGGGCCAAGGGGUUCCUGGUGGAAGACGUCCUCAGUGAGCGGGUCACUCAUGUGGUGUCCGAACAGAACCAGGCACAAGAGCUGUGGCAGUGGCUGAGGAGGCAGGCUCUGAAUAACUUGCCCACACUGCACGUGUUGGACAUCGGCUGGUUCACCGACAGCAUGAGAGAGGGGAGGCCUGUCACUCUGGAAGCCAGGCAUCACAUACAGGAAAUCCUUCCGGAGGCUUCUACACAUCUUCCAGUGGUCGUGUUGUCUCGCUACGCCUGUCAGAGAAGGACAUCCACUGAGAACCAUAAUGAGAUCUUCACGGAUGCCUUUGAAGUGAUGGCAGAGAGCUACGAGUUCAGCCAGUGCGAUGGCCAAUGCCUGGCCUUCAGGCGAGCCGCCUCUGUGCUGAAGAGUGUGCCCUGGCCGGUGAAGCGCCUGGGGGCCGCCACCCGCCUGCCCUGCUUGGGGGAGCACACCAGGGCGGUCAUGGAGGAGAUCCUUCAAUGCGGCCGUUCAUUUGAAGUGGAGAAGAUACUUUGCAAUGACAGAUAUCAAAGGCUGAAGCUGUUCACCAGCGUGUUUGGGGUUGGGCCAAAGACAGCCGAGAAGUGGCACCGCGGGGGUCUGCGCACGCUCAAUGACGCUCUGGAAGACCCCGGUGUUGAACUGAACAGCAUGCAGAAAGCAGGAUUCCGGCACCAUGGGGACAUCUCCAGGGCUGUGAGCCGGGCCGAGGCCCUCGCCCUGGGGGAGAUCCUCCACCAGGCGGCCCUGGGCAUCUCCGCGCACGCCGUCCUGGUGCUUGCGGGCGGCUUUCGUAGGGGGAAGGAGUUUGGUCAUGACGUGGACUUCCUGCUCAGCACAUCGGAGCAGGGCAAGGAGGAGACCCUGCUGCUCAGCCUGGUGGACAGCCUGAGACGCCAGGGCAUUCUGCUGUACUGCGACCACCACCCCUCCACCUUUGACAUCAAUAAUCUGCCCGGUGUCAGCUUUGAGGCCAUGGACCACUUUGCCAAGAGCUUCCUCAUCCUGCGGCUGGAGGACCGCCAGGUGGAGGGGGGUGUCCAGCGGCCGGAGGGGCAGCACGACGGCCGGAGCUGGAGGGCAGUUAGGGUGGACGUGGUGGCUCCGCCCAUGGAGCGCUACGCCUUCGCUCUGCUCGGCUGGACAGGAUCCAGGCAAUUUGAGAGAGACUUGAGGAGGUUUGCCCGAAAGGAGAAGAGAAUGCUGCUGGACAACCAUGGCCUGUGGGACAAGACCAAGAGUCGGCCCAUCGCCGGGGAUUUGCCCAAUGUGUAG